AAAUCCGUGUUGGAGUUGGCCAGGAGCCAACCGACAGUCCAGAACGCACGCGAAAAAAACCCUACUCGAACUUCUGCGAGCCACAAGUCUGCGCCCUCCCCACGUUCUCCCGCCACGUUCUCCACGACUUCUGUCCUGCUCGCCGUCGCAGCGGCCUCGCAUCGCAGCCCAGCGGGCUCGGGCAGCGCAGCCUAUUCCGCUUGAUUUCUUGCCCUCUCCGUCUUCCCUUCUUCCAUUAAGGUCUGAAGGGUUGGGGAAUUUUUAUUGUGCAAGCUGUUUGAUAUUUUCCUUCAGCCUACCUUUCGACACGGGCUUGAGUUGGAGUGUCUGAAAUAUUCUUUCCUUUCCAUAUUGGUUUUAGCACGGAAUAAAAAGAAGCCUUGCUCCUGAGGGACAUCGUAUUUCCGGAUUAGUUCCUUCUCAUGGUGGACCGCCACUUGACUGUAGAAUUGAAACUUCAGCAAUCGAAGGAAUUGGUUCUUGGGUUAUUUUAGUUUGUAAAAAAGUAUCUCUACAAAUAUGGUGGCCUCUCUAGAUAAUGUGAGAGGCUUGACUUUAGCAAUGUCAUCCAGCGCAUUCAUUGGUUCAAGCUUUGUAAUCAAGAAAAUUGGGCUGAAGAAGGCUGGGGAUUCUGGGUCAAGAGCAAGAGCAGGUUCUGGAGGUCAUUCAUACUUGUAUGAGCCAUUAUGGUGGCUGGGAAUGGUCACUAUGAUUCUGGGCGAGAUAGCAAACUUUGCAGCAUACGCAUUUGCCCCUGCCAUACUUGUUACUCCUCUAGGAGCUCUGAGCAUCAUAUUUAGUGCAGUGCUCGCACACUUCAUCCUGAAAGAGAGAUUGCAUAUGUUUGGUGUUGUUGGUUGCAUCUUGUGUGUUGUUGGGUCUGUCGGUAUAGUUUUGCAUGCCCCAAAGGAGAGGGAGAUUAAUUCAGUGGAGGAAAUAUGGCAUUUUGCAACCCAGCCAGGUUUCAUUGUUUAUUCAUGUGUGGCUGUGGUUGGCGCUCUUUUUUUGAUUUUCUGGGCUGUCAAACGCUCUGGUCACAGGAAGAUGCUCGUCUAUAUUGCAAUCUGUUCACUAAUGGGAUCACUCACGGUUAUCAGCGUAAAAGCAGUUGCCAUUGCCUUGAAGCUGUCAUUUAGCGAAUCAAACCAAUUCAUCUACAUCCAGACGUGGUUCUUCAUAUUUGUUGUCAUUAUUUGUUGUUUGGUGCAGUUGAACUAUUUAAACAAGGCUCUGGACUCUUUCAAUACGGCUGUGGUCUCUCCGAUAUACUACGUGAUGUUCACCAUUCUUACGAUUCUCGCUAACAUGAUUAUGUACAAGGACUGGGUUUCACAGAGUGCAACACAGAUAGCUACUCAACUAUGUGGGUUCGUGACCAUUGUUGCAGGGACUUUUCUACUUCACAAGACUAACACCAGCAGCACAGAUAGACAUGUGGAGAGGGCACCAACACCUCCGCCACCACCGCCACCUGAUCAAAUUCGUGUGCAGGGAUGAAGCCUGCUUCCAAGUUACCUAACUUCAGCUCCACGUCUAACAAGUACCAAAUGUACCAAAACUUUGAGACAACAAGCACAUGCAAUCUGAUUGAAUAUUAUAUUGGUCUAGUAGUAGCAUAUAGUUGUGUUAUGUUUUCCUUUUACCUGUAUAGUUGAAGUGUAUAAAUAUAGAGUAUCCACUACACAUGACUUUCUUUUUGAAAAUUCCACUACACAUGACUUUAAAUUAUGCAGAUGGCUAAAUAACCUUUGUUUUCUACAGCUUUA